CCGGCCGGGAAUUACUUAGUUUCUUUCAAUUGAACAAGCAACAUCCUCUCGUUACAUGAAAAUCAGCAGCAAACUCGCAUCAAACGGCGAAACAACAAGAGACACAGAGAGAGAGAGAGAGAGAUAGACAGUGUGCGAGAUACAGAGAGUUUUAUUAGUAAGGAAAGCGUUUAAAGCAGCACGCAAAGUAGCAAAGAGAGACGUGUUAAAAUCCGAUUUUUUAACAAAAGCUCAAGUGACACUGCUGCAUGGGAAAGAGAAACGACAAAAAAGUGUUUUUGUGCGACAAAGUGAGUGUCUGAAAAUUCCGGCCCUGCCAUAAGUCAACCUGCAACACACCCACACACACAACCCCAAGUUUGAAAAAGGAAAUGAGGAAACAUUGAUUUUUCCCGUUUUCUUCGCAUCCAAUUUGCAAAGUAAUAAUACGGGGCUUUUGCUAGUUCAGCGGUUGACAGGUUCUCUGCUUCAUGUUUGACGUUUGUCAGGUACAGGGACACAACACGGUACAGCGGCGAAAGCGCAAGCGAAGUGGGCUGGAAAAAUCGUUGUGACACCCCGUUUCAACCCAACCCCGUGUGAAGGCGUAAGUGUGUAUUGUGCGUGCGUGUUCGAGGCAAAAAACCGACGACGACGACGACGACACGAUCGAUCCAAGUGAUAAUCAAGUGCUGUGAAAUUACAAAUAAUACAUUUUAAUCAAGGAAGAAAAGUUAAGGUCCCAGAAAGUACAAGACACACACACACACGCUGCUAACUACAAGCAGAAGAGAGCAAAAGCUGAAAAGUUCAAAUAGCAUUACUAAGGCGAUAAAAAGGAGCAACAAAACACGAUUAACGUGUUUUUUUUUGUGUUCGUACGCGUGUGUGUUGUUCCAUUUCAACCGUGAGUUUUGUGUGUGUGAAACAACCGAACCCCACCCCACCCACCCACCAGGCAAGGGUAAAUCGGGGGAAUUUUCGCUGUUUUUAUUUAUGAGUGCGAAUUUGGCUGCAAUCGACGAACUGGUUGAAGAGUUUCUGAAAAUGGAACUCAUCUCCGUGCCGCCGUAUCCGGGCCAGCUGGGCUACCUGGGAUCGACCAAAGUGAACGAUUUCCGGACACCGUUGAUGCCAAUCCCGGCCAACAAUAGUAACAAAAAUUCUAAUCAAAGCCAACGCCAUCAGAGCCAGCCGCAGCAGCGGGAGCAGCAGCAGCAGCAGGCCGCCAGCCAGCAGCAGCAGCAGCUACCAUCCAGUCAGCCGCUGCGCAGUCACCAUCACAACAACAGCAGUAGCCAUCACCACCAUCACCAUCACCAUCACCACCAGCAGCUGCUGCAGCGGGAGCGGGAGGCGAAGCAGCAGCAGCGAGAGCUGGAACAGCAGCAGCAGCAGCAACAGUUGCUGCAGCAGCAGCAGCAGCGUCAGCAGCAACUGCAGCAGCAGCAGCAGCAGCAGUACUACAGCGAGAACCAGUACCCGCUGGAGCCGGCGACGAUAGCGCUGACCGCCUCGCCGCACGAGGAUGCCCUCCAGAAGCUGACCCAGCGGCUCGAGAGCGAGCUGCGCAUCGCCAAGCGGCAGCACCUGGCCUGCACCGAGGUGCUGCUGCCGGCCGACCUGCUGCCCCGGAUAUCGGCCGAGAUGUUCGAGCAGUCGGAGAAGGAACCGUGCGGCAUCCGCGGCUGCACGAUCUACAUCGAGUUCGAGGACGAGCCAGACAACACACGGCGGAUUGCGACGAUGAAGACCGAUCCGAACACCGUGUCGACGUUCGAGCUGUACCUUACGCUCAAACAGGACCGAAGGGGAUGGACCUCGAUUUUGCCACAAUUUUUGAAAAAUUUGGCACGUGGCAGUACAAUCAUGAUCAGCCCGGAGUUCCGGCUGACCAAGAACAAGCUCUACCAUGCGUACGCCGACUAAAGGGGCCCCCGAGGGGCAAACUUAUCAUUGCCCUCCCCCUCCGCCUCCCCCUCUUUUCCCCUUUACUUCUCCCACCCCACUUAUUGCCUUCGAAUCCCGUUUUUGUGUGUUGCAAGCGCAAAUUGGGACAGGGCCAAUACAACUGAACAAACCUACAACAACAAUGUGUGUUUCUCAUCACUACCCACCCCACCGUGUGUGUGUGUGUGCCCAACACAGCAUCAACAUCACACGAGCACACCCCACCCCCCGUUUGGCGGACCGGUAGGCAGUAGCAGCGGCUGACCAUUUUGUAUUCCAAGAGGAGGAAGUAAACUACACGACCCACCCACCGGUACCCACCCCGCACCACCACCAAGAGCGCGCGCGCGCAGCCAGCAAUUAUCGAAGAAGAAAAAACAAGUGAAAUAAUGUGCAUUUGUGUGUAAUGUAAAUGUGUGCAAAAUUGUGCAACGAAGAAGAAGCAAGCAAAGGAAAGCGGAAAAAAGCAAAGAAUAAGUAUGCGUAGUGCAAUCUGUGAUUUUUCUCUGCGCACAGCAGCAUAAGCGUCGUAAGUGUGUGUGUGUGUGUGUUUGUGUGGAACGAUUUGCUUGAUUUGAAAUCAUCUCCUCCACCCGACAGCAUCGCAAGCAGCGCGCACACACACACACACAACACCCCCCCCUUCGAACUGUGAUUAUGUGAUUAUGAUAUGCGCUCGAAUCGAAUUGUUUUGUUUGUGAAUGAAGAAGAAGAGGAAGAAGAAGAAGAAUACGAAGCAGAAGAAAGCCAAAAUGCCAUCGAACCGGAAGCUGGGGAAAGGAAGUUCUCUUGGGAGAGCGCGAAGCAACGUGUGGUGUUGCAAUGUGGACUGUUUUUGGCGGGCCCAUCGCGUGUGGCUCCCCGUGGUCGUGGGUGGUGGUGGUGGUAGUGGAACGUCUGCAACGUCUUCAAAUCAAUUGGUGGAGAGAAGAAGAGCACGGGCAGCCGCUAUCUCUCUCUCUCUCUCUGCAUCGUUAAUCAUCAUCGUAGUCGUCACCAUCAUCGCCUCCCCUCCCCACGUCGUCGCAAAAGGUCGGCGUGGGCAACCCUCGUCGGCUCGAAGGAUACUCCCCCGGCGGCAGCAGCACCAGCUGAGCAAACAUGGGGGAGGAGGUUGGGGGCGGUGAUCUGCGUUCUUCAAAUCAUCCUGUGAUCGUCCCUCCGUUUGUUUUCUCCGUUUGGACAAACCCCCGGCUCAUUGUCGUCAUACGCAGCACGGGAGCUGCGAGCAGGAGCUAGGCAGAUGUGUUUGAUGUGGUGGCGCGGUGGACCUCGGUGGACCUCCCCCCAUCUCCCAGCCAGACACCCGGACAUGUGGCCCGGUGAGUGAGUGUGCGGAACUUGUUUUUUUUUUUUACAAUUACAAUUAGGCAGAGCAAAACAAAGCCGGUAGAGGAUGCAGAGCAAAUCGCAGAAUCGAAUUUUCAAGCGUAUUUUUCUUUCUUCCAACCUGCGCUCGCUACCUCGCGUGCCGAGUCCAAUCUUUCGUACCAGAGAGAUACUAGUGAGGAGGUCACGUCGUGGGAAAGAGUAAAAGCAGCGAGUAAUAAGAAAAAGGGAAGAAAAACACGAUUGAAAAAACAAUACAAACAAAUUACACUCUAGAAUACGUUUAUAUAGGAAAGCCCCUAUCUCCCAACCCUUUCCCACACAUACACACACAAAGACACGUGUGCGCGUAUUACUAUUGCAAGAUGCAAACGAUUGAUAUGCAUCGCCGCAAACAAAAACAAAAAAAAACGAAACGAAAAUCGAUUUUCGAACGAACGCAUCAACUACUUUUUAAGUAUUUUAUAAAUAUUUAAAAUGAAGGCAAACCAACAACAACAUCAAACGUGUGUGUGUGUGUGUUUGUGUGAAUGUGGAAAAAGGGUGGGGAAGGGUGGAAAAGGCUCGGUUUAAAAACCAGUAAUGGAAGAAAAGAGAAGAAGCAACAAAAAAACCCCCAAGUGAUGUUUAGUGUGUGUAAGAGCAAAAGCUAAGCAAAAGCAUAAACACGUAAGCAAACGCAAGAAAAGCUGAAAUGCUAUAAGUAUAUGAACAAAGCAACGGUGUAAAGGUAAAAGGAAAAAAAGGGAUUUAAGUUCAAAACGGCAGCGCAGAGAAGCGGGGAUUAAAAGAGCAAACACAGCACAGAACUCACACUCAACACUCACACUAGCAAAAAAAAAAACACCACCACAAUAGCAGAAACGUAAAUGAUUUGCAAUACUAAAGCUUAAUUAACAUUGAUAAUAGUAGCAACCGGGUGAGCGAAAAACUCUAAAUUCGAAGCAGGAAGAGCAUUGAACACACGCGCGCGUACACAGCGCUGUUGGUCCGGCACACAGCCCACACUUUGGAAGGGAGUGGGACAAAUACACCCACCACAAUAAUCUACCGGACGAUCGACGAUCGACUAGCACCGUUUGCAGGGAGGAGAAAAUGGUUUGGCUUUCUGCCUUACCUUUUUCGCUGGUUUUGGUUUAAAAUUUUCCCUUGGCACUUCCCUAUGGCACGGUUUAGUUUUUUGUUGUAAUUUUUUCCUUCUUUUCAAUAAGAUUUUUAAGCGAUGUCCAUUGCUUCUUCUUUGUGUGGUUACGUUUGCUGCCACUUCUUUUAUUUCGUUUUUUGCUGUUUUUAUCAGUAAGUUUUGCAUUUGUUUUUUUUUAUUUGUGGAAUAGAAAUUGCGCUUAACCAUAUCGAAAUGAUGGUUAAAAUGCGUUCUUCUUUCCCGUCGUCUCUUUCUACUACUUUGUUUGCUUGUACUGUAUUGUACUGUAACACAAUUUGAACUGUGUUCGCCAGUUGGUUCUUUUUCCCCCGGACGAAUCGUAACAAUUUCGAUGAAGUAUUUAAGCGCAACCUCAAAUAUUAAAUUGAAUUACUUGUAAUUCAUUAUCUAGUAAUGUUCUCUACUUUUUAAUCUAUUUUUUUUUUUUGCUGUAUUUUUCGUUGUUGUUGUGAACUCAUUUGCGUUCCCUUCCAAAUAUUUAUUUGUGUGUGUGCGCGAUGCUAAUCUUAUAGCUUCCCUUUUUUAUGGUGGAUUUUGAAACGAAGUCCAAAGGCGUGCGUGUGUAUGUGUGUUUCAAUGCUAUUGUUUCUGGUUGGGUGCAAAAACAAACAAACAAAAAACCGCCUUCCUUUUAACUGUGCGCGAAAAACCCGCAGCUCUUCUCCGAUUCUUGUGAACCGAUCCGAUUGUGAUGAUUUCCUAGUGAUUUUCCAAUUUUCCUCUUUACGUAGUACGUGUGUGUGUGUGCGCGCGAAAAAGUGGCUCCCCCCCGAAUACACAAUGUGUAGCAAUAGGGGGGGUGGGGUAGCACUCCAUGAUUUCGCCUUUCGAUUUUGCGAUAGGAGAAACAGAACUGUGGUGUGGCAGGCGCCAAAAAAAAAAGAACAAAAACACACACACUAGGAGUUUUAGGGCAGCGCGUGAGAGGUUUGUUAAUUUUUUUUAAAUAUAUAUUGUAGGCAUGUACAAAAAAAAAAAACAAAAUCAAAUGCAUAAGUUUGUUCUUUGUUUUUGUGUCUAAAUUUUUUCAACAUAAAUAUUCUCGCCCCGUUUUUUUUUUUUGACAUUUUUCGCAUUAGCGUGUGGACAUUCAGUUCGCACAUACAAAUACAAUUACACACACACACACUCACACGAGCAACACAUAUGGGUAGAAAGAAGGGUGAGCAAGUGGGGAAAAAAAAGCGAGAGGAACCAGGGGUGCAGAAGUGUGUUGGGUGCAUGGUUUUAGGAUUUUCAAAUUUUUUUACAAACACAAACAAAUUAAGCGAACGAAUUAAUGCUCGUAAGAGCGCGGCCGGCGACAGAGUGGAGGAGAAGCAUUGAUGAAUUGGUGGGGAGAGAGAGAGAGAGAGAGGUUCGUUUAUAAUAUGAUAGCAAACUUACAGUUUUGCGUUUAUCUCUUGUGAUUGAUGGAAUACAAAAGUGGAAGGAGAGGAGAGAGGGUGGAGGAUGUAAGCGGGAGAGAAGGAAAGAGAAGUGUGAUUGCGCAUUUUCAUUCAUUCAUGAUACAAAUUAAGGAAACGCGGGGAGAACAAGAAAAGUGUAGCAUUAACGUACUACUAUCGAAUACACAAAAAUUACAAAUGAAAGUGAAAAUAGAAGAAGAAGGAGAGAGAGAGAGAGAGAGGAAGCAAAAUAAUCGUAGCGUAACGAGAAGGGAAGAGGAAGCACGAGAAAAGAGAACAAAAAAAGAGAGAGAGAGAGGAAGGCGAAUACGCACGGUGGUGCAACACGCGUUGCGCGCGCGAUACAAACUAAUUUUAAGGGCCAAAAUGAGAUAUGGAAGAUUGGAUGAUGAGUAAGUGUGUUUGUGAAGCUCAUGUUUUUUUUUUUUUUAAAUCUUUUUCGACUCUUAUCUGUCUUUCGAACCCCCUCCCAACACCUGCUUUGGUGUUAUAUCUGCUUGUUUUGGCAAAAUAUUAUUCAUAUUUUAAACAUCCUCAAAUUUUGCACCAAUUUUUAACCUUACCGCAGUCGGCAUCUCAUGCUCCAUGUAUUAGUAUUUUGUGUUGUGUUUGUUUUGUUUUUUGAAGAAAAAAAAUGCAUUUUCAAGCAUGAAAGUGUGUCUCUGUUGGUACAAAAAAAAAAAAAACACUGUCGUUUCAUCCAGGAAUGAAAUGCAUAAAAACAAAACAAACGCAAUUGCCUAGUUUUCGAACGAUUCGGAAUACAAUUCGGACCUUGUAUAGUUCCUACCUGCCUCCCCACACCACCACCACCACCGCCGCUCCCCGAGGUUUGUUUCCCCGAGAUCGAGAUCGAGCAAGACGGGAGGGACAGCAGAACAAAAUGGUUUUGGUGGUAAGGAAAGGAAAAAACAUAAACGACACAAAAUCAAAACUUUCGCUGAAGGAACGACGGGGCAAAGGGGAAAAUGAGAGAACUGCAUGUUAAAAAUUGGAAGUGUAAAAAAAAGGGUUGGGAAAAAGAGAAAAGCAAAGAAAAGAAAAGAAAAAAAAGCAUUAAAAUUAACGAAAAGCGAAGCAGAAAAAUGGAACAAAAUUAAUGAUAAACAGAUUUAAAACAAGAAAAAAAAAUUAAGUGCAUGGUACACAAAAACUAACAUGAUAAGCAACACACAAACACAUACAAGCAGAGAGAGAGAGUGGGAGAGCGAAGGAGAGGGCAGGAGAUGAUGAUGGAAAUGCAAAUAGGUGGAUAAGCCAGUGGAAGUCAGGAAAAGCCGAUAAUAAAGCAUUUGUGAGUAAAGGGAUGGAAAGGAGAGCAAGCAGUGUAGGAUGAAGACACAGAAACACAUUACACAUUACGCCCAUACACACAUAGUAACACAACUCAACACGAGCACACAUUGAAAACAGUCAAAAACACACAAACACACACACACAAACUAUACACGCAACGUGUACCGAUUCCUUAACUGACGAGGUAGCUCUUUUCCUCCUGUUCGUUUGUUUUUGAAACAAGAAAACAAAUCAUUGAUCUUAAGCUUAAGCAUUGAAAGGAAGAUAUUUUUUGAAAAUGUUUUUCCUUCCUUCUCUUUUGUCUAAAACAAAAGCAAAACAACACACACACACACAGUGGUGUUCCCGGUUUUGUCUCCUUGUAUAAAUUAUUCGAGCGCCGUGCGUUAAUACAAAAACAGUAAAGGAAAAAACAACUAAUAGCAGCGCCGCAGCAAACGAAAACAAAAGUUUAUCAUUUAAAGAGACAAACAAACACACAGACACACAAGCAAGUUAAGAUAAGAGCGGAGAUAACAUGUGAAUACAACACAGAGGGAAAAGGAAAAUGGAGUAAGCGCGAAUAAGGAAGCGCGAGGAUAAUUUGUGAGCGCGCGCGCAGUACCGGUGCGCACCGGGCGAGCCGAGUGGAAAAGAAUUGCAGGAGAAAAAACGGGAAAACGGGACGUAUUUCCCUCCCCCCCCCCCCCCAUCUCCCAAGCACCCCGCUCACCCCCAUUGCAGUGUCGUGUGCGUGAAGAAAAAGGGAGCAUAAAAUGUGAAAAAGGAGAAAAGAAGGAAAGGAUAAAAAACCGUUUCAUUUGUGAUAUUUGAAUUUACGAAUUAAGGAUACAAAAUAUCUUUCUCCUUUUUUUUAUUAUUAUUAUUACCUUGUGUACUACCUACUACUACACCUAACUCUACCUUUACCGCUACUCUAUUAUUAUUAUUAUAAUUUGUUUUUAACUUAUGUGUAGUGAAAACCCCCCCUAUUUUCCCGUUUUCUUCUGCAAGUUCUUUUCUGUGUUUUUUUUUUUAUUAUUUGUGAUCUCACUGUCUUUUGUUUUUAAGACAUCCAAUUUAGUCUGUAGAAGUUGUUUUUUUGAAGAAAAAAUAAAAUACCACAUGGAAAAAAAUGUGCAAAAUAACAAACAUA